AAUUAUGGCAAAUAUCCCUACUUGCACUCUCUCUCUCUCUCAUCUCAAACACCAUAAAAGCUCUUGUUGAACAACAAACACUUACUAGUUCUUGAAGCAACAACACCAUCAAUCCCAGGUGAGAAAGCACAGCAACAUGCCAACAUAAAGGAAAUAAUAAGAUUGGAUGUGUCAUCAUUGCGUUCAAAUCCAACCAAAAGAAACCACUCGUGGCUCACAGCACUUGGUCAUCAAAACAUUCUCAUCCUUAUAAAGCAAGAUAAGAAAGACUUUCACACACAGGUAAAUAUGGAAAUUGAAUCGGCAAAGUGCGAGUGUUGUGGCCUGAAAGAGGAUUGCACCCAAGAAUAUAUCCGUGAAGUGAAGGCCAAAUUUGAUGGCAUAUGGUUAUGUGGGUUGUGCUCAGAAGCAGUGAGAGACGAAGUUAUCAGAGAGAAAAAGCUAUUUGCCAUGGAAGAAGCUGUGAAAGCUCACAUGUCAUUUUGUCGUAAGAUCAAAUCGAAUCCUGCGGUUAAGGUUGCUGAUGGCAUGAGGCAGAUGCUAAGGAGAAGGUCAACUGACUUAUCUUCAUCAAACAAGAGGUCAACCACCACUUCUCAAGUGAGUGAAUAUUCCUCCAAUUUCCCAUUGCAAUGAUGAAACCAUAGGAGGUUGGAAGGCGGGAACAACAAAGCACCCCAUCACUCUGUUUUGGUUUGGUUCAAAUAAAAUUUUUAGUUUACUUUUUGUGGCUAAGUUUUCCACUUUGUCUUGUACAGGCUAGGAAGUUCUAUUUCAUAUGUAUGAACUGUCUU